AUGGCUAAUGAAGCCACCAAACGCAAGCGCAAUCGCGGCGUCGGAAGCUUGAGCACGAGUCAACAGAUAAUCCUCCCCGGAAAAAGCAGAUUCUUCUCGGAGAAGCCAGUUUCGUCUUCAAAUGCUACAAUCUCGAGACUUUCUAGGUACCCAGUAACGAAAUUUCGAGAAUUUCACGCCAAUCGCAGAGGAUUUCUUAGAUUUAGGUCACUCGUUCGUCGUUCCAAAAAGAAGGCGAAGCCUAGAGAUUGCUGUGGCAAUGUAGAGAUUAGUCGCGAAACCACACGCAAUUUGUUUGGUCAUAAGUAUGAUUCGAACAAACCCAUUUUGAAAUUUAAUGAAAAGGAGAAGAUUGUGAUUGAUUUAAUUGAUGAUGAAGAUUCAAGCAUUGAAGAUGAUAAUCAAAUUUUGGUUGAAGAACGUUCUUCUACUUGGGGUUUUCGAAAUGGUGAAAAUAGGAACAACUUGAGCGUUUCAUUGCUCCGCAGAUCUCCCCGUUUGAAGAAAACGCGUGUUGAGGUUUCUCAUGAACCUUUUCUACCGCUCAAAAAGGAAGAAGUAGCUCAAGUCAAUGCUGCAUUCUCUGUGAGAAAUAGAAACAAAGUCUUGGCUUUGCAUAAAAACUCCAACAUUGAUAUUCAUGGAGAAACUUUACAAUGCUUAAAACCGUUUGCCUGGCUUAACGACGAGGUCAUUAAUGUCUAUCUCGAAUUGCUUAAAGAGAGAGAAACUAGAGAUCCUCAAAAGUACUUGAAGUGUCAUUUCUUUAAUACGUUUUUUUACAUCAAGCUAGUAAGCGCCUCUGGUUACAACUACGAAGCUGUCAGGAGAUGGACUACUCAGAGAAAGCUGGGAUAUAAUCUUAUUGACUGUGACAUAAUAUUUGUUCCAAUCCACGGAGGUGUACAUUGGACCCUGGCAGUGAUCAACAAAAGGGAAUGCAAGUUCCUGUAUCUCGAUUCACUAAAUGGAUAUGAUCCUAGAAUUUUGAAUGUUCUGGCAAAGUACAUUGUAGAUGAGGUCAAGGACAAGAGUGGAAAAGUUAUUGACGUUAGUUCAUGGGACAUUGAAUUUGUUAAAGACCUUCCUCGGCAACAGAACGGGUACGACUGUGGGAUGUUUAUGCUUAAAUACAUAGAUUUUUACAGUAGAGGACUUGCGCUACAUUUUAGCCAGAAGGAGAUGCCAUACUUCAGGUUAAGAACAGCAAAUGAGAUAUUGAGACUGCGAGCCGAUUAG